AUGGUCCACCACGCUGCCACCGCCUUCGUUUCGAACUUCGCACUCAUCGCAUUAGGGCUGCUGCUGAAGCGACGGGAAGUCGUGCAGGAAUCCGAUGGGCGCACGCUGUUGAAGUUGGCCUUGAACGUCACCACACCAGCAUUGCUGCUGCACACCUUCGCUGAAGCACCAACAGGAUCUGUAACCCCGUCCCUGGCGCCCGUGGCCUGGCUCUUGAGCUUCGGCCUGGGUGCUUUGGGUGCCUGGGUGGGCUUCCGGCACAAGGGCUCCAGGCAGGAGCGAGCGCUGCUCACUGGAAUGAUGACUGGGCUAAAUUUGGGUAUGUUCUCCUACCCCAUCAUCCAGGGCAUCUUCGGAGUGAAAGGUCUGUGCAUUGUGGCAUGCCUGGACAUUCCGAACAUGAUCGUGAACUUCGCAUACAACCGCGCGAUCUUCGAUGGCUUGGCCCAAGAGAGGCCAUCAGGCGCACGGCUGCUGCGCACGGCUGGCCGCCAGCUCUUGACAGCGCCCGCCAUGAUGGCAAUAUGGGUCGGCCUUGCCAUGCGCUGGCUUUCUCUACCCAUGCCUGCGCUGGUGGACGACACUUUGGCAGAGCUGGGCCACGCUAACAAGGUUCUGGUGAUGAUGGGAUUGGGCGUGCUCCUCAAGAUCCGCUUCACGAAGGAGCAACGCCGCCUUUUGCUGGAACUCCUGUCGCUACGCUGCACCUUGAGCUUUGCUGCAGCAGCCGCGACAGCAGCUCUGGCACCGCAACUGGGCGCCUUGGGCCACGGCGCUUCGCCCCUCGUUCAAACUGUGUGCGUGAUGGCCCUUUGCUGCCCUAUCCCAGCCGUCUCCGUGCAGUUUGCACUGGAGGUUGGCUGUGAUGGUGCACUGGCAGCCGCGGCAGCGAACUUGUCCAACCUCGUGGCUUUUCCUGUUCUGUUCGCAGUGGCAUCCUAUCAUGGAGACCCAGCCGGACUGCAACGAGGCGGAAAGAUCCAGCUCCUAGGGCACUUAGGACUGAGUCUCAUGUGA